AUGGGUUCUGUUGAAGACAAUGUGAAACCAGGAGAAUUGGUUAGUGGGGCACACAAUUUACUUGAAGAUAUGAAGUUAUUGAAAGAAAUGCAGGAUCACAAUGGAGCAAAGAAAUCAAUAAAUUCUGAGUUAUGGCAUGCCUGUGCUGGCCCAUUGGUCUCCUUGCCUCAGAUUGGAAGCCUGGUGUAUUAUUUCCCACAAGGGCACAGUGAACAGGUUGCAAUAUCUACUAAUAGAGCAGCAACAGUGCAAACACCCAACUACCCGAACCUUUCGUCUCAAUUGCUGUGCCAAGUCCACAAUGUUACACUCCACGCCGACAAAGAAACAGAUGAAAUCUAUGCACAGAUGAGCCUGCAGCCUGUGAAUUCUGAAAAAGAUGCUUUCCCUAUACCAGAUUUUGGACUAAAGCCCAGUAAACACCCGACUGAGUUUUUCUGCAAAACCUUGACGGCAAGUGAUACGAGCACGCAUGGUGGCUUCUCAGUUCCAAGGAGGGCUGCUGAGAAACUCUUCCCACAAUUAGAUUACUCAAUGCAACCUCCAACACAAGAACUUGUAGUUCGAGAUUUGCAUGAUAAUACCUGGUCUUUUCGUCAUAUUUACAGGGGGCAGCCAAAACGUCACCUUCUGACAACCGGUUGGAGCAUGUUUGUUGGUGCAAAACGGCUUAGAGCAGGGGAUGCAGUUCUAUUUAUCCGAGACGAGAAAUCACAAUUGUUGUUGGGAGUUAGACGUGCUAACCGCCAGCAAACCACUUUGCCGUCUUCGGUUUUGUCUGCCGACAGCAUGCACAUUGGUAUACUUGCUGCAGCUGCUCAUGCUGCCGCUAAUAGAAGCCCCUUUACUGUUUUCUACAAUCCGAGGGCUUGUCCCUCAGAGUUUGUCAUCCCAUUCGCGAAAUAUAGAAAAUCCGUGCACGGCACACAAAUAUCUAUUGGCAUGAGGUUCGGCAUGAUGUUUGAAACCGAAGAAUCCAGUAAACGGCGAUAUAUGGGGACGAUUAUAGGAUUAAACGACCUUGAUCCACUGAGAUGGCCCAACUCCAAAUGGCGUACUCUUCAGGUCGAGUGGGACGAUCCCGGGUGUGGUGAUAUGCCGAAUAGAGUUAGCCCAUGGGAAAUCGAGACUCCCGAGAGUCUCUUCCUAUUUUCAUCUUUAACCUCAUGUCUCAAACGUCCGUUCCACUCAGCUUUCAUAGGGCAACAAACAGAUUGGGAAACUAUGGUAAACCGGCCUUUCUUCCGUGUUCCGGACAAUUUGCCCCCUGAAUUUCAAUGCCCCUCGGUUUCAAGCCUUUGGUCCGAGCAGUUACUGAGCAUGAUUUCAAAACCUCACACCUUAAACUCUCCUCUGCAAGAACCAAAGUCCCUUAUGCAACAGCCGACCAAAGACAAACUUGAAAUGAACAGAAAUGAUGUGUCCCCACAGGACAUUAUCCCAAAAAACACAAAUGUAUCGCCACCUGGGAAACAGACUUCACCGGAAAAUUUAGUGUCCGCAAACCAAAUUAACACCACACAGCAGCCUUUGCAAACGAGUCCUCCGCGCAUCACACAAUCGCAAUUCGACCCUUGUAAUCUGCAAGCUCAACAAAUUGAGAACACCACUACCAGUAGUAACUUACUUCAGUAUCCGGGCCAGGUUGAGUUCAGUUCUUUCCUAACACCCGCUGCCAACCAAGAUUUAUUCGACCCACAAAUCAACAACACUUCUUGUGGCUUGAAAGGCUUACCGAACGAUCACAAUAACACGGGCGACAUUUACAGCUGUCUCAAUCUUGAUGGUACGAACAGUGGAAGCACAGUGGUCGAUCCAUCUGUCUCUAACGCGAUCUUGGACGAUUUUUGCACGUUAAAGAAUGUUGAUUUCUCGAGUCCCUCGGAUUUUCUAGUCGGCAACCUGUGCGCGGCUCAGGAUGUCCAGUCACAGAUCACGACGGCCAGCCUGGCGGACCCGCCGCAGGCUUUCGCUAUGCGGGAGUAUGGAGACAACAUGGGAGGGACUUGUUCGAGCAAUGUUGAUAUUGACGAAGCUAAUAAUAAUCUCUUGCAGCCGGGCCCGUUUCAGCAGGUGGCCCCGCGGUUUCGUACUUAUACUAAGAUUCAAAAGGCCGGAUCAGUAGGGAGGUCCAUUGAUGUCUCGAGUUUUCGAAAUUACGACGAGUUGCGUUCGGAGAUUGAACGUAUGUUUGGCCUUAAAGGGCUUCUCAAUGACUCGAACUCGGGAUGGAAGCUGGUCUACGUGGAUUUUGAGAGUGAUGUUCUUCUUGUUGGGGAUGAUCCUUGGGAGGAAUUUGUUGGUUGUGUAAGGUGCAUUAGGAUUUUAUCUCCGUCCGAAGUUAAGCAGAUGGGGGAAGAGGGAAUGCAGCUUUUAAACUCGGCAGCCAUGCAAGGCGUUAAUAGCUCAGCCUUAGUGGCCGGUUGUAAGGGGAAAGAUGGCUCUUAA